CGCAUUUUGCAAGGAGACGGUAGUGUGUUCUAACCUCAAAAACCCACGUCUGCAGUGGCGUGAGCUGAGAAGCGUCACUGAAUCAAAGAUAUCCUCCUUGAAGAGACAAUAAUUAAUGAGAAAGUGAAGUACUUAAACAAUUGUGGUGUCGAAAAAUAUUUCUACAAUGGCAUCGACGAGAGAGAGGCGUUCCAAUGCUGGGAAUAAAAUGGCAAGAUUACUUAACGAAGAAGAAGAGGAUGAUUUCUAUAAAACUACGUACGGAGGGUUCGAAGAAGUCGAGCAGGAUAAUGAUUACAUACUCAGGGAAGAGGACGAAGGCGAGGAUGAAGUGGACUCAGAUUUUAGUAUAGACGAAAAUGACGAGCCUGUUUCUGAUCCCGAACAAGAAGGACCUAAGAAAAAACGACGCCUUGUCACAAAGGCAUAUAAAGAACCUAAACCUACCUCAGCACAGUCACAUUCUACUCCUAAAGAGAAAAAGACUAAGACACCAAGGCAGCGCCGAACUUCUAUUGACAAUUCAGAGAGAAAAUCCAUUCGUCGUUCUACUGCUGCAAAGUCGGCAGCAACUCAAAGGCGACUCAAAGAGAGAAAUGAGGAUUUGAAGAGAAAAGUUAAGACUGUAAAGUACGAUGUUUGGAAGCCGACGCAGGAAGAACUGUUAGAGGAAGCCCUCAUUACGGAGGAAAUAAAUUUAAAAUCGUUAGAAAAAUACCAAAAGCUAGAGAAUGAGAAGAAAAAUACAAGGACAGUGCGAAAGACAAAUGUUGGCCCUAUUAUACGUUACCAAUCUUUGUCUAUGCCUGUUUUGAUGCUGUCUGAUACACAAGCUGACAAAGAUGAGGAAAAAAUUAAUGUCGAAGCUGAUGAUGAAAAAAAUACUACUAAUACAACCAGCAAUAUUGUAGAACCUGGAUCAUCGCCUCCCUUGUCUGAGAAACAGGAAAUAAUGGAUCAUCAAAAAACUAUUGACAGUGCCAACAAAGAUCCACCUAUCAAGCCGAAGGGAGAGUCGAGCUCAGCUCCUGAUCCAACCGAAAGUCAAAUCAUCCAUGAAGAUACAGGUUCUAAAUACGAGAGAACUUUCAUCACAUUUGAAAAUGACCGGCUUUUUACAGAAGCUUUCAAACGUACACCUGCUCCUCGGCCCUCACUAAAAUCUCUCUGCGCAAUUACGAGACUUCCUGCACGGUAUAUGGAUCCAGUGACACAGCUACCAUACAGAAAUAUACAAAUGUUUAGAAUAUUAAGAGAAGCGUAUUAUCAACAACUGGAAUCUCGUGCAGAGACAAAUGAUGCUACUCAGAAUCCUGAAUUGGCACGGUGGCUUGAAUGGCGACAAAAAAACCGACGUAAUAAUAACAGAAAUACGGUUCGUCUGGAACCUGCUUCAGUGUCGCAGGCAUCUUAGCUGAUCCUUCUCGUCAAUCGCUAUUCCUUGUAGCCUUGAACAUUCUUUUGUCAUAUGAUUUGACGUGCCACUGGAUAAUUUUAUCAAAUGCCUGCUGCAGUAUUUUGGUACGGAAAGGAGAAUGAAAAUCAAAAACCCGAAGCAAUUUACUACACUUUCUCUUUUGAAAAUGAGGAAAUUGCUGCUACUCUGUUGGGUAAAUGAGAUCCUUCGGAAGAUUUUAAGAAAUGGGAUUGGAUAGUAAAAAAAUCUAUUUUUCAAACGAAUGGAACGAGUUUCAAUGGUUUUUAUUGUUUUUUUUUCUUUUAAUUUUUAUCAUUUUUUUUUUAAUAAAGCUUUGCCACUUCACAUUAUCUAGUAGAAUAAGUUAAAGUUUUUCUGUUUUCAUAUUAUUUAUUGCUAAAAUGCAAAUUUAUCAUUUACCUACAUGGAUUGAAUCAGGAAACCACAAUCAGCACUAAGACGUUUUCUAUUUGAUACAACGAAAGAGACGUCUUUAUUUCAAUAUGAAUAAAAUUAAAUGUGUAGAAAAAAAAAUUAAGUAUGUAAUUGUAAUUAAUAAUAAGGUUAGUAAAUUACGCAUAUCAUAAGGUUUUCAUAACAGUGUGUUUAAUUUCUUCAUUUUUUUUUUUCAAGAUUUUUUUCCUUCAUUUCUUCUAAAGCAUGUUUCGUAUAAUAAUUAGGAUUUGUUAAUCUCUCGUGUAGUGCGCGAAGUCUAGACAUAUCAAUUUCCACAACGAUUUUAUUCGCUGUUGCCUUUGCUUCGAUUUAUUUCAUUCACUUCAAGUCAUUCUAUUUUACGACAAAGAUGGUUCCCGCAAUCCGCAACGCGUCUACACGCGUAUCAAACCAAUCCAUCACUUAUCUGUACACACUCAAAAUAUCUUCCUGGUCGCAUUCUUAAAUUAAAUUUAAAUAUCUACGUGAAAUUGUUCAUUGUUUUUUACCUUUGUUUUUUCUUUUUUAAUUGAUAGAUAUUUCACACGAUUCUGGACACGAAGCUGUUUGUAAAAAUAAACUCGAAAAGCAUACAGUUUAGUGCUUGCGCGUAUCAUUUUAUUUUAAUUCUACUACGUGCGCGCGAGAGCAAGUAGUGAUCAACAUGGAGUCAUUCCCAUCUUCGUCGUUUCUUCUUUAUUGAUAUUUAGUAUUUCUAUUACGACGUCUGCUCUGCACAAUUAUCAUCAUAAUUGUGUUAUUAUUUAUAAAUUGUUUAUAGUAUAUGUACUCGUGAUCAUCACACUAUGCGUAGAGAAGAAUAAUUAUAUAUGUAUUACAAAGAAGCGGUAAUACAACAUUUAAUUAUCAUAACGUAAUAUAUAUAUAUAUAUACAUACAUAUAUGUAUAAUAGUGUAGAUAUAUAUGUGUAUAUAUAUGUAUAUGUAUAGUAGUAAAUAAGACAAAUUUAAAUAGAGGGCAGAAUGGUGUGCCGGCCACGGUGUAUUCUUUAUCUUGUACGUCGCUUUUUUGGGAGGAUUGCAUCUUUUUCUGCCUUUUAAAC